AAGAGGCCGAAAAAACGGAAACAGAAAAGAAGGCUGAUGAAUUGUAUCGUUCUGCGAUGCGCUUUCUGGAUAAAGGACGCUCUUCGUCAACUGAAGCCAAAAAAGCCGCCUACAGACUUCUGGACGAGGCUGCUCAGCUCAAGCAUAAAGAAGCAAUGAAAUUAACCGCAUACGCAUAUUUGUUUGGUGAUUAUACGCGAUGGAACAUUGAUGAAGCACGAGCAAUCUUCGAAGAGCUGGCAGCAGGGGGCUCAGCUGAUGCGCAGCUGGCGCUUGGUUUCAUGCAUGCCACUGGUCUGGGAGUUCCAGAAUCUUCUCAAGCAAAAGCGCUUAUUUACUAUACGUUUUCUGCGUUGGGUGGAAAUCCACUGGCUCAGAUGGCGUUGGUAUGUUUUGCAGUUUCUCGAAAUACCUUUAAUAUUCCUUGUCUGGAAUUAUCACGAUUAUACUUAUGCUUCCGUAUCGCUUCAAAUAUACAGAAAAAUACGCACGCGCUUUCCUCGUUUAAUGAUUAA